GGUCCAACUAGACUGGAGAAAGUAACUCAACGUGAAACUACUUUAGACAAACAGGCAUUCAGUGGAGUGUAGCUUCAAAUUAUUAUUUUGUAUUUAUUUUUUGAUUGUUCUGAAAUCACUUUCACUGGAUUAUGAAUAAUGGCAUCUGUGAUCUGCUUGACUGUACUGACAAUAGCCAUCAUCACACAGGUGACCGCUGGCUGCCCAGCAGUGUGUGAGUGCCCUGCGGGGCCCCUCGCCUGCCCUCCAGGUGUGAGCGCCGUAUCAGACGGAUGCGGCUGCUGCAAGGUGUGUGCUGCACAGCUGAACCAGGACUGCAGCUCCACGAGGCCGUGUGACCAUCACAAAGGGCUGGAGUGUAAUUAUGGCAAUGAUGUAACCAUGACCUGGGGCAUCUGUCGAGCUAAAUCUGAGGGACGAUCAUGCGAGUACAAUGGAGGCAUCUACCAGAAUGGUGAGAGCUUCCGUGCCGGCUGUAAACACCAGUGUACCUGCAUUGACGGCGCUGUCGGCUGUGCUCCGCUCUGCCACAACACUCUGCCGCCGGCUUCACCGUCCUGCCCUUAUCCACGGCUGGUCAGGAUACCUGGCCAGUGCUGCUUCAGCGUGGACUGUCAUCAGGGCACCUGGCACCUCCCACCUAAGCAUCAGGUUCCUCCACUAAAACACCACCUGCCCGGAGCUGAGCUCCACCCAGCUCCACGCCAACCUGAGAACAAGUUGCUUCUGACCAACGAGCUUGCAGAUGUUAAGCCUAGAGGUUGGGAGAGUGAACACGGCUACAAACAUGUGCGCGCGUGGACUCAUGUGAAGGAAAUGAAGUGUCAGGUGCAGACCACAAACUGGUCCCCGUGCUCCCGCAGCUGCGGGACGGGCAUUUCAUCUCGAGUCACCAACAGGAACCCUCGGUGUAAGCUGGAGAGAGAGACGAGGAUCUGCACCGUCAGGCCGUGCCAAGGCCUGGCCGUUAAAGCCAAGAGAGGAAAGAAGUGUUCCCUCACCCAGAAAGCGCCUGAGCCCAUCCGGCUUUCCUAUGGCGAAUGUGCGAGUGUCCGCCUCUACCGGCCCAACUACUGCAGCGUGUGCACAAAUGGACGAUGCUGCUCGCCGCGCCACACGCGCACUGUACCCAUGACCUUUGUUUGCCCAGACGGAGAGCGCUUUCAAAAGUCUGCCAUGUUUAUCCUGUCAUGUAAAUGCAGUAACGACUGUGGCCACCUCAAUGAAGUGGCCCUCCCUCCACAGCACUGGAUGUAUGGAGACACACACAAGUACAUAGACUAGUCCUGAGGCCGCUUAUGUAAUUUGAUUAGAAUGUGAUCAGGUCAACUUUCUUGAUGAAGGAAGACGUUUCAAGACGAGGAGUCUUUUUCUUUUUUCUUUUCUUUUUAAAGAAAUCUGGCUCCAAGUGAGUGAAGACCACAGGCACCUGCCUGAAUACAAAGACUGCAUGUGGAAGUGCUGCUUCGUAUGAAGUGUGAAGGCAACCUUUAAUAUAAAAAGUGUGACCAGAGUGGAACAUACACUUACCCACUCUUGUUCAAGCAGACGUGGGACCUAAACUAGAGCCCUGAAGCACACCUGGACCCUUCUCAUUGGACCGAGAGCUGGUUCAGGUGUUGGAGUAUUUUUUUUUGGGAACACUCAAAAUAUUAGUCUGAGAAGAGAAACAUUAACAGAGCAAAAUGACACUGUUUAGCACGAAAAUUUGACUUGGAGAGCAGUGUACAAGGACCAAGGACUAAUACGUUCACACGCUAAGAUAAUAGUAACAACUUCUCAAGGACAAGCAUGUAGACAGUAUGAUGCAAAAUGUGGACAAAGGCCCCUUUUUACAUAACUUUUCUUUAAUUCAGAAUCAGCAUGUUACAAAUAUUAACAUACACUGCAACAGUUCAUGUUUCAAGUACAAGUUUCCCUGUAAUGAACAAUUAAAUAAGAGCAGCUGUGACUGGACCAGUAUCAACACAAUUCUCAAAAACAUCUGGGUUCUAUAUGUGCUUUUAAUGCAGAUUAGAAGUGUUACCCAAACGUUUUGGGUUUUGGGGGAUAAUGCUGCCUUCUGUAUUAUUGUGAUCCAAGUUUAUACAACAGUCACAUUACCCAUGAAGACACAGUGUAGCUGUUCCAAGUUUUUCUCAGUCCACCCCACCCAUAUGAUAAAAGUCGCAGCUGAGCUCACAUUUCAUGAGGUUUUAUUUGAACCAUUUUCCAUUCCUAUAGGCUGCAUAUACUGAACGUCCAAUCGAUUCCCCACCUCUAAGCCUUUACAUCUUCCUUUUGUUAGAACACUUUUAAUAUAAAGUAUUCUUCCACAAAGUUGGCUAAGUUAGUCUUCUUGCUGUAUUAAAUAAUACGGUCAUUUAAAUUGCCCUUGAGCAACAUCAACUUUUACUAGUUUGAAAUUAUCCAACCACACAGCCGAGUUCAAAAUCAUAAGCUAUGAUUCCAUUUUCAAACUGAGAGCACCCUCUGGUGGUGAGAAAGAAUGACUUCCAGUCAAAAGAUACAACACAAAGUAUGCCAUUUAUGAUACCAUUUGUGUCAGUUUAAUGCAACAUCUGACAUACUUACAUGUGCAAAAUUAAUAGCAUCACAUGAGGUAUAAAAAUUUAUUUUUCUUAACAAAACAAUAGCCAUGGUUUUUAACACGCAAAAAACACUAAAACAAGCGCCUGCAAAAAUGUAAAAAAUAAAUGAUUUAUCCUUGCAAACAAAUAUGGAGGGAGGGGAACUUUGAAAUAAAAUAUUGAGCUUAA